AUGCUGCUUCUGGCUGUGUUUGGCAUCUUGUGUGCCAGCGUCGAGGGAGAAAUGCUCGGAGUCGAGCUGGCUCAGCUGGUGGAAGAGGGAAGAAACGUUUCGUCGUCGCAGUCCUACUCGACAGUGUUUAUCGUAUUGAAGGGCGUUCUCUCGGGCACGUCGGGGCUGCUUCUCUACGCCCUCGUGAUGCGCUAUCGAAUCGUGUGCAAGACCAAGAUUUUGGCGAAUCAACUGCCACCCGACGCUGCAUUUUUCAGCGCGUGCUCAGGUCUACGGAGUCAAUUUCUACUAGAAGCGCUGGUCUGCAUAGCGCACAUGCCACUUCUCAGUGCCGAUCGCGAGAUAUGGCGCUGGGGAGAGCAUGACGUGUUAUGUCUCGAUCAACUGGACGUGUUGGUGUUCCUACGCAUUUACCUGCUCGGUCGGGUGUUGAGAAACCACUUGGGGCUGAAUUCUUCAUCACAUGAAGCGCGGCUUGUUGGCUCAAUUCAUCAAGUGGAUUUGUCUUCGAUCUGGCUCAACGUCAAGUUUUCCAUCCAGAAAUUCCCCUUCGAGUCGAGUUUGAGCCUCCUGACAAUCGACUGGCUGCUCACUUCAGUUGCACUCAACUUCUUCGAGCGGGCAAGCAACCCGACUGAGACGAACGCCAGCGACGCCUUCUGGCUCACAAUUGUCACCAUCACUGGAGUUGGCUACGGCGACACCUUCCCGUGGACUCUCGGGGGCAAGAUCAUUAUCGCAAUCGGAGGAAUCAUCGGCGGUAUGAUCAUCGCGUGCUUGCUGCGCGUCGUACUCAUCGACACGCUGCAAUUGUGUCCUCAAGAGCAAAUAGUGCUCGAUGUCGCACGCUUCUAUCGCUUCAUUCGUCAACGCAAAGAGAGCGCUGCUCUGCUCCUUCAGCGCGCUUGGAAGUGGCAUCGAGCCAACAAGUCAUCAACCAGCAGCAGCAGGAACAGCAGGAAGGCCCAGCUGUAUGCCGCUGCCGAGAAAUUUCAUCUACUACGCUUUGCGCAGCCUCCAAGCUUGGCAGGAGACACGUUCUCGUCUCUCUCAGACGCCAGCGUGGCCGAUUUUGUGACCAAGCGAGCCGAAUUACUUGUUGACCGUAUUGAAGACCGACGCUCACGCAGCUGUAACGAGUUGGAGCGAACUGCAGACCUCUUGCGAUCGAUCGCUGCGACCUCGUAG